UGGGCUACUGGCUACUAGAAAUUAGAAUGUAGCAACUUAGCAAGCCGAUGAGAAGAAAAAGUUCACAGCAGAGGUUUGCUGUACGCAACUACGCACCAGCACCCGCUCUUCUUUCAGAGGUUUUAGGUUUCCGAAUCGGAAUUCACAGCAGAACUGCCACUCCGUUGUCCGGCAGCGCAGUUGAACAAAUCUGCAAAUUGUUAGCUAAGAAUUGAUCAAUGGACUUUGACAGUCGAGAUAAAAAUGUCAGAUGCACUCCCAGGCAGACAUUUCCUGGUGAUUCAGGUGAAGGCUUGCCUUAUGCCCCUGAAGAUUGGCCUAAACCAGGCGAUAAGUGGCGUUGGAAGGUGGGAAAAAGAGUUAUAGGUUCUGGCUAUAUUUGGGAUAGAUACCUUUAUCUACCAAGCCGUCUUGAGAAAGCUGGACAGCCAAAGUGUUUUCGGAGCAAAAUUUCAGUUGAGCGAUAUGUCCAAUCAACAUUUCCUGGCACAGAUAUGAAUGCUUUCUUUUCAUCAUUCAUGUGGAAUAUUCCCUUGAAGGAGUUCAAUUCAACAGAACUUUUGGGGGCUGACUCUCAUUUAUCACACACUUGUAAGGCUGGCAACAACAUGUGUAUCAGUUUAUCAGUAGUAUCUGAUCCUCCUCUGCCGGAAGCCAUGUUUUGUGACAUUUGCUGCAGUGAACCUGAUUUUUGCCGAAACUGUUGCUGUAUUCUUUGUUCUAAGACUAUUUGUUCAGCAUUUGGUAGUUGUAAUUACAUUAGAUGUAAAGCGAUUUUGCUUGAUGGCUGCAUUUGUGGGCACAUUGCUCACUUAGACUGUGCUCUUCGGGCGCAUAUGGCUGGAACUGUACGAGGAAGCUAUGAUUUGGAUGCAGAGUAUUUUUGUCGCCGUUGUGAUUCAAGGACAGAUCUUGUUUCACACAUCAUGGAACUUCUACAGAUUUGUGAAUCUAUCGAUUCUCGAGAAGAGAUUAAGAUGAUUUUGAAUUCUGCAAUAAGUAUCUUGAAGGGCUCAAAAAAAUUGAAUGCAAGGCAACUAUUACAUCAUAUUGAAUCAGUGAUGGCAAAGCUUAAGAAUGGAGCCAACUUUGAAGAUGUGUGGAAAAAGGAAGAGGCAACAUUAGAAGUAAUAACUGGUCUCGACGACUCCACGUCCACUUCCUCUGAAGAAGCUGAAGUUCUGACUGACGCUAUGGCCGACCGUGCAGAGAAAAUGAGGCGCCGACUGACGCAGCGCUCGACCGGAUCUCCGACGACCUCUUCCUCGACCCCUGUGCCUGUGCCUCGUACGACUCCACCCAGAAACGUUGUGGAUUUGUCGACCUCCCCGACAGCUUCUCCUUCUCGACUUCCACCUUCUGCCCCAGUGGGAAGUCCGAGUUCCAAACGUCUGUUGGAGCAACCGGACGCACCUCCACCCAAGAAGAUUCGGAUAAGCUUGGAGCUCAACGAGGACGCCCAAAUAUGGCAGGGUGAUUACUCAGUCCAAAACUGGGCCGAGCACGUACUUCUCCCGAAGGACGUGGAGGCGGCGAACAAGAAGCAGGACGAGUAUAUCUUGGAGACCUCUAUGCGCCAAUCUUAUCGGAACCUUGCCUUCCAGCUGGAGAUGAGGAAGCGGAUCCAGGCCCUCAAAGCUGGGAUACAUUACCUCAAUGUCCGCCUGCGUCAAUCGGAUGAGGCCCGCCAGGAGGAGCAGGCGGAUUUUGUCAAGGAGAGGGAGAUUCAUACAGCCGAGCUCCUACGGGUGACUCACUUGUGGGAGGAGGAGCGGGACAAGGCCAUUGCUGCAGUUGCCGAGUAUAAGGGGUCGGCAGCUUUCGAAGCGGAUGUGAAGUCGGCGAUAGCGGGUCGUCAAGGGGAGCUAGCGAAAGAAUGGCUGGCAACUUCAGAGGGCGACGACUAUCUGCUCGAUCUCGGCGAGCGUGACUUUUGCUUGGGCUACCGUGAGGCUCAACUAGAGAUAUACGCCACUCUGCUGGCUCGCGACCCUUCUUUCACUCCUGAAGGCUGGGGUCUCAAGUCAGUAAUCGAGCUACUGCCAGCGCCUGGGGCCCCGACCGGCAUUGUCUCUCCUCCUCCAGUUCUGCCGGCGUCAGGCUGCGCCUACUGACGUGCCUUAGCAAGCAGAAGACCCUUCGACCGCCCCUCCAGCUAAACCAUCGGCAGAGGAGCAGGUCGAGGGGACUGAAGCCACAUUGUCUCCCUCCGUAGUCUAGACUUUCGCAAUUUUUUUUUUUUUUUUUUUUUUUUUUUUUUUGUAAGGGCUGGUCCUCCCUUUGGACCCUUAUUAAUAAAAACGUCAUCUUUUCUGCUUC